CGCCCCCUCCGGUCCCUCCGCUCCCCUGGAAGGCGGUGCGGGUUUGCAGCUCUGCUUUCGCUUUCCCUUCCUGGUGCCCACUCCAGGCACCUCGUGCUGCGGUAGGCCCCCGCCCCGGUCAUGGCUACAUUCAGGGUCCAGCCUGAAGCCCAAGCCAAGGUGGAUGUGUUUCGUGAAGACCUGUGUAGCAAGACAGAGAACCUUCUCAGGAGCUAUUUCCCCAAGAAGAUUUCUGAGUUGGAUGCAUUCUUAAAGGAGCCAGCUCUCAGUGAAGCCAACUUGAGCAAUCUAAAGGCCCCAUUGGACAUCCCAGUGCCUGACCCAGUCAAGGAGAAAGAGAAAGAGGAACGGAAGAAACAGCAGGAGAAGGAAGACAAGAAUGAAAAGAAGAAAGGGGAAGAUGAAGACAAAGGUCCUCCCUGUGGCCCAGUGAACUGCAAUGAGAAGAUCGUAGCCCUCCUGCAGCGCCUAAAGCCCGAGAUUAAAGAUGUAACUGAGCAACUGAACUUGGUCACUACCUGGUUGCAGCUACAGAUACCUCGGAUUGAAGAUGGGAAUAAUUUUGGAGUGGCUGUACAGGAAAAGGUGUUUGAGCUGAUGACCAGCCUUCAUACCAAGCUGGAAGGCUUUCAUGCUCAGAUAUCUAAGUACUUCUUGGAGCGGGGUGAUGCAGUGGCCAAAGCAACCAAGCAACCCCAUGUGGGUGAUUAUCGGCAGCUGGUGCAUGAGCUGGAUGAGGCAGAGUACCGGGACAUCCGGCUGAUGGUCAUGGAGAUCCGCAAUGCUUAUGCUGUGUUAUAUGACAUCAUCCUGAAGAACUUUGAGAAGCUCAAGAAGCCCCGGGGAGAAACAAAAGGAAUGAUUUAUUGAGAGCCUCAUCACUCUUCUGUGAUGAGUAUGGCAGAGGACUUCCUGCUUUUUACCAGGACUCCAGACUUUCCCCUGUGUUCCUCCUUGUGAGGUUCCUCCCAAACAACAAUAAAUAUGGUCAUAUCAUUGCCCACCA